CCCGCGUUCGGUGAUUCGCGAUGAAGAAGUUCACGUUCAAGGGGGUGCUGGACGGGUUCCGCAGCUCGGUGCAGGCGGCGCCGCGCGGAAUCGACCAGGAGAUCCAGGAAACGCUGCGUCCAGACCACUUCCAGGUUAAAAAGACCUUCCGGCAUGGGUUCCCGUUCUCGCCCACGGCGCUCGCGUGGGACCCCAUACAGAAGCUGCUUGCCAUCGGGGACAAGGGUGGAAACCUUAGAAUCCUUGGCGGGCCCGGCGUCGACGCGCACUCGCGCCACGAGGCGGGCGAGGCUGUGCUGCACGCCAAGUUCGUCAUCAACGAGGGCGCGCUCGUCACGGCCACGGCCGAUGAUCAGCUACACCUGUGGACCUUCAGGCAGAAAUCGCCGCAGCGGGUGCAGUCGCUCAAGUUCCAGAGGGAGAGGAUCACCUGCUUGCACCUGCCGCUGCAGUCCAAGUGGGUGCACGUGGGCACGGAGCGCGGCAAUGUUCACGUGGUUAACAUCGAGACCUUCGCGCUCAGCGGAUACGUCAUCAACUGGAACAAGGCCAUCGAAGUCACGAGACAGAAUCAUCCCGGAGCGGUGGUGGAGAUCAGCGACAACCCCCUGGACGCCAGCAAGUUGCUGAUAGCCUUCGAAACCGGCUUAGUAGUGGUAUGGGACCUGCGCGCGCGCGCGGCGGAGUGGCGAGGCGCGCUGGGCAGCGGCGGGCCGGGGGACGGCGUCCGCGCGGCCGCGUGGCAGCACGACGGGAAGUUCAUGACGGCGCAUGUGGACGGGGCGUUAGCCACUUGGACUACGAGAGCGCCGAGACCCCAAUCACUGUCGUAUCCUCAUGCAAAAGCGAACAAAGACGGGAAACUGGAGCCUUGCAAACCGAUACUCAGGCUCGAGUGGAAAACUUCGCGGACGGGCGAGAGCCUGGUGAUAUUCUCCGGCGGGCUGCCGUCGGAGAAGGCGGGGCGCUCGCACAGCGUCACGGUGCUCAGCGGCAAGACCACCACCGUGCUCGAGAUGGAGCACAGCGUCGUCGACUUCGUCACGCUCUGUGAGACGCCGCACGCUGCGGACUACCAAGAGCCGUACGCGAUAGUAGUCCUCUUGCAGAACGACCUGGUGGUUAUAGACCUGCUGUCCCCCGGAUAUCCGGUGUUCGAGAACCCCUACCCCAUGGACCUGCACGAGUCACCCGUCAGCUGCUGCUCAUACUUCGCUGACUGCCCCUCGGACCUGAUCCCGGCGUUCUACUCCGUGGGUCGUGCGGCCAACAAGAAGAGUGCGGGCUUCAGCGAGAGGCUGUGGCCCGUGGCGGGGGGCGAGUGGGCGCCCGCCUCCUGCUCCUACAGCGAGAUCAUACUGACCGGACACGCGGACGGCAGUGUAAAGUUUUGGGACGCGAGCGCGGGCACCCUACAAAUAUUGUACAAAUUAAAAUGUUCUAAAGUGUUCGAGCGCAGCGCAGCGUGCCCGGCGUACGCGGACAGCGCGCCGCUGGCGGUGCAGCAGCUGGCGCUGUGCGCGGAGUCGCGGCGGCUGGCGGUGGCGCUGCCGCACGGACACGUGCUGCUCUUCAAGUUCCGCAAGGCUGAGGCACACUCCGAAACACACGUGCUGGAGGUGCCGGUGAUCUCGGAGUCGCUGGAGGAGGAGCCCUCGCCCGACGCGGAGCUCGGCGACAGCCGCCGCGUCAGUGAGUCAGGCGUGUGGUCGGGGUCGACAAAUACUCCAUGCAAUUGGCGAGUGCGGGGGGCGGCGGGCACGGGUGGGGUGAAGCGGCCGCCGGGCUUCCAGCCCACGCUGGUGGCGCUGCAACAGGGCAUGCCGCACCCGAUCACCACACUUACUAUCAAUUCUUCGUAUCAGUUGAUGGCGUGGGGCGGCGAGCGCGGCGUGGUGGUGGUGGAUGUGUCGCGGCGCUGGCUGCUGUGCGCGCUGCCGCCCGCCGCGCUGCAGCUGCCGCCCGACCGCACGCUGCGUCCGCGCUCGCCCGCGUCUGACCAGCCGGAGGAGCCCUCCCCCGCGAGCCCCGAGCCCCAGGACUCCGACAAGCCGGACGCCCGUCGAAAGUCCACCACGUGGAAGACUUUCAAUCUGAAACGACAGAUAUCCAAAGUGGAUCUGAAACUCAAAGCGGCGUUCGCUCCGAACGACGCCGAACCGGAGAGCGACAAAGGGAAUUCGCAAGUCGAUUGCGAGCCCGUGGAGAAGGCGGUCGAAGCUUCGGAAGCGACGGUUUCGGCAGAAGCAGCGGACGCGGCGGAUUCGGAGGCGUCGUCGCCGGACAGCGCGGGCGCGGGCGGGGGUGCGGGCGCGGACGCGGACGUGUUCGAGCGCAUGCACCGCGAGCUGCGUGAGCGGCGCGCGGACGACCCGUACGAGCGCAUGCACCGCGAGCUGCUGGAGCGCUGGGCCGAGCGGCCGCCGCCCGCGCCCGUGCCGCCGCCGCCCGCGCCCGCGCCGCCGCCGCGCCGCGCCCGUGAGCCGCGGCUGUCGCUGCCGGGCACAGCCAAGCCCCGCGCGCCGCGCCGUCCGCAGCCCGCCAACUCCUUCGCGGGCUCCCUCAUGCGUCGCUUCAGGGAGUUAGUAGCGCGCAUGUGUCCUACGCGUGACCCCCGCGAGGAGCCCCCGGUCGCAGAGGAGCCCCGACGCAUAGACAAGCUGGACAGCUCGUUCUCGCGCUCGCGCAGCAGCAGCAUGUCCAGCUUGGAGAACAUCGCGCAGGAGGGCAUCCAGUGUAUCGCCUUCGCCGACAGCUAUACCAAGAAGUCUGAUCCGACGGCGUUGCUGCCGACGCUAUGGAUCGGCACGACGCAGGGCUCCGUCAUGACGAUGAUGAUCAACCUCCCCGAAGCUGAUCUGAGGCAUACGCAACCUGUCGUCGUCACUCCUACUGGAGGCCCCCUAUUUAGAUUAAAAGGGUCAAUCUUAACGAUGUCCUUUCUCGACUGCAACGGUGCUUUAAUUCCCUAUUCUUACGAAAGUUGGAAGGACGAUAGUAAAGAUCCGCGGGAGCGACGGGAGCGGACCCCGACGAAGCAGUCGUCGUCAGGCAGCCGCAUGUCGCCCACGCCGGGCGCGGAGGCGCCGCCGGCCGGCGACCGCCAGUUCGUGGUGCUGGCGUCCGAGAAGCAGGCGCGCGUCGUGGCGUUGCCCAGCCAGAACUGCGUCUACCGCCAGCAGAUCGUCGAUACCGACUUUGUUGUCAAAGCUGAGAUUGUCAGUCUUAAAGACAGCGUGUGCCUGGUGAGCUACCUGUCGUCGGGGCAGCUGGCGGCGCACAGCUUGCCGUCGCUGCGGCCGCUCGUGCUCGUGGACUUCCUGCCGCUCGCGGAGCUCAGCUUCCAGACACAGUCCAAACAGAGGGGUAUCGUAGACCCAAUGCUGUCCAUUUGGGGCCAGCAACUGAUUGUUAACGAGGACACGGACCAGAUAGCCAAGACGUUCUGCUUCAGCAACCGCGGACACGGCCUGUACCUGGCCUCGCCCACUGAGGUGCAGAAGUUCACCAUCGACGCUGAGUUCUGUCAGCAGCUGAACGAGAUGAUCGGCGAGCUGUUCUUGCCGCGGGACAUGCCGGAGCCGCCCAAGGAGUCCUUCUUCAAGGGGUUAUUCGGGGGCGGAGCCCGACCACUCGAUCGAGAAGAACUAUUCGGCGAGGGCAGCGGCAAGCCGAACCGCGCGGUGGCGAAGCACAUACCGGGCGCCGGCACCGACCAGCUGGGCGCCCGCGCCGCCAGCGCCGCCAGCGAGGUCUCGCGCGCGCACCAGCUGGUGCUGGAGCGCGGGGACAAGCUCAGCCAGCUCGAGGACCGCGCGGAGAGGAUGUGUUCACAGGCCGGAGAAUUUUCGUCGUCGGCGCACCAGUUGAUGCUCAAAUACAAGGACAAGAAGUGGUACCAGCUGUGAGCGACGCCGGCUCCUUUUUGAUACAGAACCAUUUAAAAUAAGAGUAGUGCAGUCUUGGGGAUCCUAAAACUGUUUCCAGUCGUAUCGACAUAUACCUAGUCUGUCAAGAAAAUGAAAACGAGUGCGCUGUCUCCUGUGGCUGAGAACACUGGCUGUUUAUCAACCAAUCUUGACCAUUCUAUUUAGAAAAAAAAUAGUUCUUCAAAAAUCGGUUUUCUUCAACUUUCUUGACAGAUAGGAGAUGAAGAUCAUGUAGCAAUAGCAACUCGAACAUAUCGUAAAGCUCAUUAGUUCGACGUCGAAAAUUGCCAGUAAGAAAAAGGAUUCCAUUAUCAAGACUAAAUAAACUAUUGCGUUGCUAUUUGAAAAUAGAUUGUAUACUUCAGCCCCUGGUGUGGAUCCCCGGAGACGAGUGCGAGAGCAGACAGCCCGAGCGCUAGAGCUUAGCUACCACGUAGAGAUCUUAUGAAUAUAACUUUAGACUUAUUGGGCGUCACUUAAACGAAUGAACGCACAAUUUCUACUUUCUUCGGGUUUAGAAGCAGACUACAGUGUCCCGCUCACACUCGCCGUUCAAUUAUUUGUGGCCUCUCGUUCGUUUUCGCGGAUUCGUUGGUUUUAGGCCUAUUCGUAGACCGAGUGUAAUAACGAAAUUACUUUUUAUUGUAUAUUUAAUUAUAUUUUAAUAAAUUAAGCCAGUUUUUUCACCCUGACAUUCUAAAAUAACUACAUACUUUAAAUGUUUAUAUUUUUUUAUUUAUUUAUCUGUGUUGUUCGUGUGACGUUUAAUAUAACGUUUUGGAGAUAACAGUUGUGCGAAUAGGCCAAAUGUCAACUAACCCAUUUUCGCGAUGUGAUAUUGUAAAUACCGGAAGCGGUUUUCUGACUAGCGAUUACUUCUCUUUUGUACCGACCGGCGAAUGGUCCGUCUUCGAACAUAGACUAGACUUCACUAUUGUCUAUGGUCUUCGCUCUAUCUGUCCCUUUCUUUUCAACCUCUCACGGGCUCUUUCCAUAGCGUUAACGUGUUGUGUUAGUAACCUCUCGCAUGAACUUGAGAUUAUAAUUAUUUAACGUUGCUAAAUAAUAAAUGGAAAUAAUAUGUAGUUGUAAUUUUUUAUAGAUACGAUGAAGACAAAAAUUAAAUUUAACUAUAAGAGGACGACGUCGAUUUGUAUAAAGUAUUAAGUAAAUAUAUAAAAUAAAAUGAUACUAAUAAAGAUUGGAAAAUUAAGCAUUGGAUGACAAUAAUUUUUGUUACUCUGUUGCCCACAAGCCACGUUUCGUUCGCCGCGAGGUGCCGACCCUCCGACCAAUCGGUGUCGUGUCUGUGUGUCUGUAGCGAUAGAUCUUGUAUACGUCGCUGUACAUGGCCGGCUUCUCGUUCCGCUGCUAACCUCGUCUCUCCGACGUCUUCGUCCAGUGUGUCACUCGCCUUACGUAGCUUCAACUUUUAUACUCUAUAGAGAUGCUAGUUUGGUCGUAUUCGUAUUGUUAGCUGACUUCUUUGUCGGAUGCCAAAUGUUUGUAUUCUGCAAGCUCGUAUUAUAAUUAUAUUAUUGUCUACGUUAUCGUCGCUUUGCAAACUAUAGUCAUAUAUUUAGUUAAUCAUGACAGUUCCGUUGUAAUAGUAUUGUGCAGAUCAGAUAUACAUAAAUAUAUAGGAGUACGAAUGAAUGUUGUUAUUGCUGCGCAAUUGCCGCAUAUGUAAUUAUUGUAAAAUACAUAAUAUCAGUGUCAUUAGGGCGAAAUAUCGCGUGUUUUAACCAAAUUAUUUUGUUGAUUGUUCAGGAAUUUUAUUGGAAAUGUAAUAUUUUCGUAGUAGACUUUACCGAUUUUACAGUCGCAGACGUUUUAACGAGUACCUGACAGCUCCUGAUAUCCUGAUAGCAUAUCAGCCGACGCGUCGGCCUCCGCGACUCUCGCGCUAUCGUAUCAUUUCAACGUCAUGUAGGUCUCGUCUCUCAUGGAUUCUUCAUUCCAUAGACUAUUGCUAAUAACACUUAGACGCGCAACAAUGUUUAUAUGAUCUAUGACAUAGUUUAUCAGCGUUACUUUGCCUGCCCCGCCGCCGCCGCGUCGCGCCGCCGCCUCGCUUGUAUGAAGUAACGCUCACUAUUCUCAAGUUUAUAGGAAUCUCUACACCACUCUCAUCACUUAUUAUAAAAAUGUUCUCACCGACUGAAUAUAUCAGACGGCGAAAUAUAUUUUAUUUAAUGUUCAUUCGACGGAUCGUCAAACUUUGAUCCUGUAAUCUAGUCAGCUCUUCAAAGUGAGCGUCGCGGCGCUGCGGCGGCAUUCUGUUGACUAAGAUAGAACGUAAAGAAGUUAAGUUUCUCGAUUUUAUUCAUUGUUAAUUAGAAAUCGUUCGGGCGCUGCGUCCGCCCGAACUUGGUCUGACAGACCGGGCCGGACCAGACCGGACGGACGUAACGCUUACGCUGAAUGCAAUGUUCCAUUUCGAUGCCGAUUCAUUUGGAAAUUAUGGGACUAAAUUAAUAUAAGGUUUGUAAAUAAAUAAUAAAACUUGUGGCAAAUUAUUACUUGUUAAUCUGUAAUAAUUGUAGUUUAUUUCGGCAUUAUUUUGUAUGAAUUAGACGACUGUCUCUUUUUUAAUAGUUCGGAAAUGAGGAAAUAAAACUAUUACUUAUACAUACUGUAUAUAAAGGAUGCUGUUGAAUUAUAUUGAUUAUUUAGUUUAGUAGAUGAUUAUAGUAAAUUAUAUAUAAAUUAUGAGAAUAUGAAAAUAAAAUUAUAUCAAAAUA